AAUUUUCAGACUGAUUUUUUGGUCUGGAUAAUGAGUGUUUCUGAUAGUGAUUGCCUUUUUUUUUUUUCUUAAGUAGACCAAACAGUGGAUUUUAAGAAUACUUGACAUAACUUACUAGUUAUCAAACAUAAACGAGUCAACUUUCCCAAUUAUGUAUAUCCUGUCAAAAUAGUUCUUAGGAAAAGUUUUUUACUAGGUGAAAAGGGCAUAAGGCAACCAAACAAGCCCUAAAAGAAGUGCACCCCACCCUUCGCUACUGAGUCCAAGUCUCCCAAAUUUGUACAUGUUAAAAAAAUCUACAAAAAGUUUAUUUAACUUUUAAUUAUUCAAAAAAAAAAAUUGUAAUAAACUACGCCUCAAACUAUGUUUUGCGUGGUACUCCAUUUAACUUCAAGUAUACCUAACUUUUGGAAGCAAUAGUCAAUUGAUGAAUGUACCUACUUCUUUUGGGAACAAUGAUUCGGGAGCCAAUUAUUCUCAUCAAGGUGCUGAAGGGCUGCCUAGCAUUUCAGGUUAUGAAUACCUUGAUUAUCAAUGGCAUUUUUCAGAAUGGGAAGAGUCAAUGGAACCAUCUGUUAAUCAAUGCAGAAGGAAACCUGUAAGCCACCACUAUGGCGUUGCUCUGGCUGGGGAGAUCUCUAGGAUCAGAAAUGGCCAUGUUCUUCAACGUGGUCAGAAUUAUGCUCGCGAAGACAUGAAUAGUGUUAUACUUCAGCCGUGAAAAUGGUCUCAAUUCUUGUCUUUGUUUUGUACCUACAUAGAUUCUUUUUUUCACAAUCUUCUAUCAUGUUUUUUGGUUCAUCCUAUUACAGGUUUAAUGUUCUAUUGCAGGUUUGUGGUCAUUUUUGUUAUUUAGUGUUUUUAUAGGCUAAGUGGACUAUUUUAA